AUGGAUCGGAGCUCUUUCCGGUCGGGAAUGCGAAAAUCCAACCCUAAACCCGACAUUUACUCCACCUUCGUGGUUCACGACGACGAAGACGAUGAGGAAGACGACGGAGAGACCAACCGCCGGCGGAAAGCCGGCGGGGCGCAGCCGCGUGAUGAUCCUUACGCGACCAUGAUGUACAAAGACAACGGCCGCGAUGACGAAGACGAAUACUCCUCUCUCCCACCGCUCCUCCAGCGCCUUCCCAAGGACUUCGGCGGCGGAGCACCGCUGGACUACAAUGACGAAGAUGACGACGCCGGCGACUUCGGCACCGUGAUCGUGAAGAGCGACCGGAGCCGGCAGCGCGAUCGUCCUUCUUCCAGCUUGGCUUCGCCGCCAUGGAAGUCACGGGGCUCCUCUCAGGCGAGUCCUCUGAAUAGAUUCGGCGGUGAGGAAGACGACGGCGAUGAGGAAGAUGACGGCGGCGGAUUCUCGACGUUCGUCAUGCGUUCAACGCUGAAGUCUGACGAGAGAGAGUCUAUAAGCGGAACCGUUGUGCGACGGACCUCCGGCGGCAGCGGGGGCGUUGGUUCGAUGAUGGAGAGAGCCGUGGCGAGCAUGCAGGGGAUGGGAGAUUUUGGAUUCGGAAAGCAGAGGAAGGGAAGUGGAUCUUCGCAGAACGAUGAGGGAAGGCAUCAAUCGUUAACGACUAAGGUUUCGACGAGUUCGAUUCCUGAAAGUAUUACCAGAGAGGAUCCUACGAUCAAAUACGAAUUGCUCAAUGAACUUGGGAAGGGUUCCUAUGGAGCUGUUUACAAAGCAAGGGAUUUGAAAACCUCGGAGAUGGUUGCUAUCAAAGUGAUAUCCUUAUCCGAAGGGGAGGAAGGGUAUGAGGAAAUCCGUGGUGAGAUUGAAAUGUUACAACAAUGUAAUCAUCCUAAUGUUGUCCGUUAUCUUGGAAGCUAUCAAGGAGAAGAGUAUCUUUGGAUAGUGAUGGAAUACUGUGGUGGUGGUAGUGUUGCUGAUUUGAUGAGUGUGACUGAUGAGCCACUGGAUGAGGGUCAAAUAGCAUAUAUUUGUAGAGAAGCACUAAAGGGUCUUGAUUAUUUGCACAACAUUUUUAAAGUCCAUAGAGACAUUAAAGGUGGGAAUAUCUUAUUAACUGAACAAGGAGAUGUCAAGCUAGGGGAUUUUGGUGUUGCUGCACAGCUUACGAGGACCAUGUCAAAGCGGAACACGUUCAUUGGAACUCCUCAUUGGAUGGCUCCUGAAGUUAUUCAGGAAAGUCGCUAUGAUGGAAAGGUAGAUGUUUGGGCUCUUGGUGUGUCUGCUAUUGAAAUGGCUGAGAUAGCAGCGGCAUGUAAUUGGAUAAGAUCCUUACACAAAUCUGGUUAUGGAUUUGACAGUAGGUGGAAGGCACCACUUCUCAUAGUGGAAGAUAAGCCUAGAAGACGUCUGGAGGGAGUCAAAAAGCCCUCGAUAAAGUUGAGUUCUGUUCGUAAAACAGAUGCCAAUUCACUUCACUAUCAGUGGCACUGCAGCAACCGUGGGACAGAAGUGCAGGGUGGUUGUCUGGUUUUGUUCAUGAUUUCAAUCGAACCAGCUCCCAUGCUUGAGGAUAAAGAAAAAUGGUCCCUAUAUUUCCAUGAUUUUGUUGCAAAGUGCCUAACAAAAGAACCUCGUCUUCGCCCUACUGCAUCUGAGAUGUUGAAGAUCUGUGCUGAAGAUUCAAAGCCAACACACAAAUUCUUUGAAAAGUGGAAAACUGGAUCUGCUGCAAUGUUGCCAAAAUUAGAAAAGGCAAGAGAAAUUAGGGCCUCAAUGGCUUUGCAGGCGCAAAUGGCUCCCGCAGCAUCAGAUGACCAGUUAGUUUCAAAACCAAAUGAUGAAUAUGGAGACACUGUUCCAUCCAGACCUCAUAACAUUGGUGGUGUUGAGGGGGCUGUUGAUCUCUCAUCACAUGGAACUAUGAGGAAACUACAUAAGGUUGAAGAUGUAGACACGAGUGAAGGCAACUUUGGCACUGUUAUAGUCCAUGCAGAUGAGUUACAUCAGAAGACACAAGAUGCAGAUUAUGCAGUUUCCGUAUCUGCUCUAACCAGUGGCACAGGAGGCAGAUUGGCUGACUCUGGGAUUGAGAGUCAGAAAGUUGAUCUUACGUACACAGCCUCUUUUAGAGGAUCUAGUGCUACUACCAAUUCUAUUCAAUCAGCUUUACCUUACGCUAGUAAUUCAACUGAGCAGAGCCUCAAAAUUAAAGGUAGUCAUCGAGCACCAGCUGGAAUGGGUGCAGAUAUAUUCAAGAGUGAAACCAGCAGCCGUAAAGCAUUUGCUUUACAAGAUAAGCUUUGGUCCAUUUAUGCUGCGGGUAAUACUGUGCCUAUCCCAUUUUUAAGGGCAACAGAUAUAUCACCCAUUGCUCUCUUGUCAGACAAUGUACUUGGGGGCCUACAACAGGAUACUGGUGGAACCGGAACAGUGGAAGCAUUGCAAGAGCUUUUUAGUGGUGAUGGACAAUCCAAAAAGGGCCGGAGAGGACUAAAUGAGAUGCCUCUUCCUCCAAGCAUAUACCAGAGAUUGACAUCAAGUUCUACACUAAUGAAUUUGGCGCAGGCUUUAGCUUACCAUAAGAUGUGUUAUGAGGAUAUGCCCCUGCAGGAGCUGCAAGCAACCCAGGAGCAGCGAACUAUUCAAAAUCUUUCUGACACACUUCGAACCAUUCUUCGGUUGUAG